CGAUGCCUAUCAUGGCUUCGUGUCGCACUUGGCAAUCACUGUGAAAAUAACAAUGUGGAGGUCGCUUCGACUGUGCACGGCGGUCGUGGGUGUUGUGUCGGCCAAUACGGCGUGGACAGUGUGCAACCGCAAGCUGCUCAAGGACGGCGCGCUCUUCUUCAUCCGAGGGGUCAAUUACCAACCUGCGCCCAUCGACACAUGGAGCGGAGUGGACUUGCUCCUUCGCCCAGAGUUGUGGCAGCGAGAUCUACCGCUCCUUCGCAACAUGAACGCGAAUGCCGCCAAGGUGUAUGCGUUUACGUCUGGGAACCCCGAUGGACACAACGCGUACUUGGACGCAGCGUUCAACAACGGGUACUUGCCCAUUUACACGAUGUUUUCCAUCUGGGUGUCGCCAUAUCCCAUGUCGGCGGCCGUGGCCAUCGACAGCCCCGACUUCGCGCAAUUCGUGCCCAAAUACGAAGCCAUGGCCAAGGAAGUUGCCUGUCACCCAGGCACGAUGGGGUUUGUCAUUGGCGGCGAAAUGAACGGCAUUUGGGAAGUGAAAACGCAGUUGUUUUGGUCCAAGUUUAACGCCCUUAGCCAAGCUGUGCGCCGGGGCAUUGCGUCAGCCAACUGCGCGUCGCCGGCCCCCAAAAUCCUCACGACCAACUUCAUUGAUGAUUACGCGGCUUCGGUCACGUAUGGCGAGCAGUUUCGGGCGGACGUGGACGUGUGGGGCAUCAACAUUUACGACAAGCGAUUUGGGUCGGACAAAAUGCUCGUACACAGUCGGGCUACGUCCCGUCCGUUCUUGUUCGGUGAAUAUGGGGUGCCGUUUGCGUCCAACUGGAACGAGGCCAUCGGGGCGGCGUCGUGGGACGUUGGCAUGUACCUCAUGUCGAUGGCGAAUUUGCUUCGUGAUAGUUUCCUGGGCAAAGACCCCAGCGGCACAGCGGUCUUGGUGGGUGGUUUCAUCUUCGAGUUCACGGACGAGUGGUGGAAACAAGGCUUUCCGUCGUCCCAAGAGUUUGGGUGGGAUCCUGCCCCCAUAUUCCCCAUGGGGUACGGGUCGGAGGAGUUCUUUGGCCUGUUUUCCGUCGCUCGUGGCCCUGGGCUAAAUAAGAUUUCCCCCCGCCAAGUCGUAUCUCAAUUGGCAACCCUUUGGGCCAUAUCUGUGGAUGGCCAAUCGUAUAACUGCGCCAAUCCGACGCCCCCCGCCACCCCCCGCGGGCCCACCACGGUGGUGCAGUCCUGUGGGAAGGACCCCUCCAAUGGCGUGGCGUCAUUUUCUGACUCGAUUUGCUCGACACCGAAUGGAGCUUUGGGGUGUCAAGGCACCGGUGGUCACUGCCGCUAUUGUCAACUGUACCCGACCCCCCAAAGCUCGCCCUACGUCGGCUGUCCCGCCACCUCGCGACCGCCGACGACGACGACGUCAUCCAUGACCUGCGCCAAUCCGUCCCAAUUGUGCCUUAACGGCGUGGCGCUUCUCUCGAACCCCCAAUCGUGCGAGUUUGGCACGUGUCCGACGACCACCUGCGACGCCGACCCCGUCAUGCUUGUGCGCGGUGUGGGGAUGGUCUACGACGCCACGUGCGUCACUAACAGUGCCCAAGUCGGCUGCGACCUCCUUCGCCCCGGGUGCCGCUACUGCAGUCCACCCAAUUCCCGCACAGCGUUUGCACCGUGUCCGACUAUUCCGUCCAAGUCAACCUGCGUUGCGACGCUGAGCGAUCUCAACAUGGGUCUCGGGGUGGUCGAAGAUGGGGGUUGUGCUGGCGGGGGCAUCGGGUGCGAUGCGACACGGCCCACGUGCCGGUAUUGCAAAAUGAAAGAGACAGCGCAGAGCAAACUGUUGAAUGCGUGUCCGGGCGUGACCUCGACCUCUACAUCGGGGUUUGCCGCUGCGGAUGACAGCGAAAGUGCCGUCGAAGGAACUAGCACCACCAACAACGCUUCCACAAUCCUACUCUUGGUGGCAACCGUUGUCGGUGUCGUGGUGGCCGGUGUGCUUGUGGCAAAAGUUGUCUUCCGCAAGCCCAAGAAGAGCGAGAAGCAGGGCGAGGUUGCGAUGCAUACCCCCUCGGGGGCUGGUAUCUUGUAACACUAACUGUACAUGCAUUUUGCUAUGGUUCACACACACAUUGCUUCCAUCCUUGUCAUCGUCCUUCUGGUGCAUUGAUG